UCAACGACGUUCGUUCACUUCGUCAUCUUCUUCCUGUUCGUUCUUCUUCAGCUCAGGCUAAGCAGAACCUCUUCUGCUCGGCGCCUAUGGCUAUGUGACGCACCAAGCUGGGAUUGGCGUUAAUGGCGGCUCUUCUUCGUAAUCUCUCCAGCCUUUCCCGUGGCUGUUCCUUCUCUUCUUUAACGCCCCUCUUCCUCCACCGUCCUUCCUUUUCUCAUCGAAAUCUUUACGGUGUUGCUUUCCGCCGGAGGGUCCACCGGAGCUGCUGCCUCUUGUUCACCUCCCGGAAGUUCUCCGUUGCUGCCUCCUCAAGCUCACCAGGGUGGAACAAUGGUUACGUUGGAGCAGCUGAUGAGAAAUAUGAUGUAAUUGUAGUUGGAGGAGGACAUGCAGGUUGUGAAGCUGCCCUUGCAGCAGCUAGAUUAGGGGCAAGAACUCUCCUCCUCACUCUCAACAUUGACCGGAUUGCAUGGCAGCCUUGUAAUCCAGCUGUUGGUGGCUCUGCAAAAUCACAACUAGUACAUGAAGUGGAUGCGCUUGGGGGAGAAAUUGGCAAGGUUGCUGAUCGAUGUUAUUUACAAAAGCGAGUUCUCAAUAGCUCGAGGGGUCCUGCUGUCAGAGCGUUGCGUGCUCAGACUGAUAAAAGAGAAUAUGCUCUGGAAAUGAAAAAGAUAGUGGAGAGCACCCCAAAUCUUUCCAUUAGAGAGGCAAUGGUGACUGAUAUCUUGCUUGGAAAGAAUGACAAUGUGGAAGGAGUCCGUACAUUCUUUGGGAUGAACUUCUAUGCUCCUUCUGUUGUUCUUACUACUGGAACUUUUAUGAGUGGUAAAAUAUGGGUUGGUAGGACCAGUAUGCCUGCUGGAAGAGCUGGUGAGUCUGCUUCACAUGGGCUCACCGAAAACUUGCAGAGCUUAGGGUUUGAAACUGAUAGACUGAAAACGGGAACUCCAGCUCGUGUGGAUUGUCGUACUGUGGAUUUUUCCGGUCUGGAACCUCAGCGUGGAGACGAAGAGGUCAGUUGGUUCAGUUUUGAUCCUGACUACCAUACUGAGAGAGAACAAAUGUGCUGCUACCUCACACGAACCACUAAAAGAACUCAUGAGCUAAUCAAAGAGAAUUUGCAUGAGACUCCAACUUAUGGAGGAUGGGUUGAAGCUAAGGGGCCUAGGUACUGUCCUUCCAUUGAAGACAAGAUUGUGAGAUUUGAAGAUAAAGAGUCCCAUCAAAUAUUUCUUGAACCAGAAGGUCGAACUGUGCCAGAGCUCUAUAUCCAGGGUUUUUCAACUGGUUUGCCAGAGCAACUGCAGCUACCACUCCUGAGAACUUUGCCAGGCCUUGAAAACUGUUCAAUGCUAAGGCCAGCUUACGCUGUGGAGUAUGAUUUCUUGCCUGCUCAUCAGUGCUCCAGGUCCUUGAUGACUAAAAAGAUUGAAGGGCUCUUCUUUUCUGGUCAGAUAAAUGGGACCACGGGCUAUGAAGAGGCUGCAGCUCAGGGAAUUAUCUCCGGAAUUAAUGCUGCUAGACAUGCAGAUGGUAUGCCUCUUAUUGUGCUUGAACGGGAAAGCAGUUACAUAGGGACAUUGAUUGAUGAUCUUGUCACCAAAGAUUUGAGAGAGCCAUAUCGAAUGUUGACCAGCCGCUCAGAACACCGAUUACUUCUUCGAGCUGAUAAUGCAGACAGUCGUCUCACUCCUUUGGCCCACGAUAUUGGUAUAAUAGAUGACAGGCGCUGGAAGAUAUACCAGGACAAGCAAGCUCGAAUUUCCGAGGAAAAGAAGCGGCUUAAAACUGUCAGGAUAUCAGGAGAAGAUUUGGCAGCUGAUGUUACCCGUUUGUCUGGCCAGCCCGUGAAGGACCAUUCGACUCUUGAGAGUCUUCUGAAAAAGCCACAUGUAGAAUAUAAGGUCCUUGAUGCACAUGGUUUCGGUAACUCAAACCUAUCAAGAGUGGAGAAAGAAUGUGUUGAGAUUGAUAUCAAGUACGAGGGCUUCAUUCUGCGCCAGAAGAGCCAACUUCAGCAGAUGGUCCAUCAGCAACAUAGACCACUUCCGGAGGACUUGGACUACUAUUCGAUGACAACUUUGUCGCUUGAAGCAAGGGAAAAGCUCUCCAAGGUCAGGCCUCAAACAAUCGGACAGGCGAGCAGAGUGGGAGGAGUAAGUCCGGCGGACAUCACCGCUCUUCUAAUUAUCCUCGAAACUAACCGAAGGAAUGCUCAGGAACAGAGGAGACAGCAGUUGCUGGCUUCUCUGCGGGAAGACGAGGAACAGAAGGUAACACAGGUAUCCCUAGCAGAGAGCUUAGGUUCUUAAUUAUGUAUAUGCAUGUACUGAUACUGCGCCGAAACAAGAUGAUGUGAAAACAAUACGCCAUCUGAUAAAGAAAACAAUAUGCAUUCGACAUGAUCCUAAAUGAAGAAGAGAAUUGCAGUUCGAUUGUAAGUACAA